CGGUAGUAUAUCACCUUAUAUAUCUGACCAUAGCUUACCAAGAUUUUUAUCUAAUAGCUUCAAACUGCGGCAAUCUGGUAUCUUUCGGGACUCCCCUCACUAGGUCAAUUUAUCGUUUGCACCGAAAAACUACAAUAGUAGAGACUUUGCGAUUUCGCAUCCAAAGUCAAAUUCUAGCGAUCUCAUUGGCCCAGAACCCUGUUUGACCCACAUCCAGAGUCUUUUCGCAAAGUCCCUAAUAUCACCCGUUGGCCCUUGCCACAUCUGGGCCUAACAGCGGAUAAACAUUUCUCCGAGACACCUCUGCAUUUCCAAGCGUGACUCAGCCAGCCAGUUACGAGAUCACGCAAUGAGUCAAGACUCACUAUACCAGCGCUGUGGUCCCCCUCUGAUCUCCACCACCACGAUACCAUGGAGCCUCCUACAGAUUCCACUCCCGCUCCGGCAUACAUCUCGGACUCUGAAUGCGGAGAGAGGCUGACUUUCCGGCAGGAUGAGGAAAAAGCGCUUAGCAUCCCUCUGAGGUACCUCCUCGCUCUUAUUCCGACCGAGGCCGCCGACACUUACACGCUUAUUUCCCAGACUGGACUGGAAGGCGGAGUUACUAGGUCGACUAUUGCUAGUCCACCGGCGGAAGUCGUCGAGCGGUACCGUAUUCCAACUGACGCACCAGCACAUCUUCAGGGACCAAUUUCUGUGGUCGUCUCCCCGUAUUCAGGCCUCGGAAUGGCGGACCUAUACUUCUCUACCCUUAUUGCGCCGGUGCUCGAAUUCUAUUCUGUCCGUUAUAGCAAGCAUACUGUUACCUCCCCCACCGCUAUCAAGGCCAUUACCGAUGGGCUUCCUGAAGGUGUAUCGACGGUUGUAAUUCUCUCGGGGGACACUCUUAUCUUUGAACUGCUCAACAGAAUGCAGAGCACCAAACGGCCGGCAUUAGUAUUGAUACCAACGGGCACGGGAAAUGGUUUGGCAAGCAGUCUUUGCAAACCCCUGCCUCCGAACGACCUCAUCAGAGGUGCCUUUCACACAUUCCUCCACGGAAUAUCCCGCCCGCUUCCCGGCUUCGUAGUCAAGUUUUCACCCGGCGCUCAUCUUCUAGGAGAAGUAAUACCGGACCGGGAACUCAAAGGAACGGUAGUGACAAGUUGGGGAUUCCACGCCUCCCUCGUCGCCGACGCUAGCACCCCCGGGAUACAAUCAUCGGGAACGGAAAAAUUUCAAAUCGCAGCGAAGCAAAACCUUACACCGUCGCUUCACGCCUACCGUGGUACCAUAUCGAUCGUUCGUCCCGGGAGCACAGUGUGGGAGGAAAUAGAGGACACCAACGGCGAAGGUCAUUUUUACUUGGUUGUGACCGGGGUAUCAAACCUCGAGCCUGCUUUUACGAUCAGUCCAGCAGCCAACGGGGUAGAUGGGAUUCUCCGGAUUAUCUAUUUCGGAGUUGGAGAUGUAGAGGGUGCGGAGGGGGUGAUGGGAGUGAUGAGGGCGGUAUACGAUGGUGGGAAACAUGUUUCGGUUCCGGGAGUAAGGUAUCAAACGGUAGAUGGGGUGAAGAUUCAUGUGAAAGAGGCGGAGGAGAAAUGGCGCAGGGUAUGUGUUGAUGGGGCCGUGGUUACGCUUGAGGAGGACGGGUGGCUGGAGAUCACCAGACACCAGGGAUGGGCCGAUGUCGUUUACAAAUCCCGAUUCGACGAUUGAUUGUAUCAUACCCCAGAGAAAUGACUUUUGAGUACUUGU